AUGCCUAUGAAAGCUUCUGAUAUUCGUCAAUUAUAUCGCAAAAGAGAUAUAAUUGAACAAAGAUUAAACAAUUUUAUUGAAUUUAUAGAGUCGAUGACAAAUAUCGCGAUUAAUGAUUUAAGCGAAGACCAUUUUUCGCAGAUAGAAUUGAAUACAGAAAGAACUGAAAGUUUGUUUACUGAAUUUGAUGAAAUCCAAAUGUCAAUUGAAUUAAAUUGUCAGCAUCAAGAUAUUCAACAAGAGUAUGCGAAAAGACAACGAUUAGAUACUAUAUUUUCAAAAACUUUGUCUAGAGCAAGAACGAUGUUAAAAAGAAAAUGUUCCGAUUUAUCCAGUUCACAGUCGAAAAGGUUAGAUAUAAACCAUGAAUAUAGUGGAUUAGAAGGUGUCAAAUUACCUCCUAUUCAGUUACCUGUCUUUCAUGGAGACUAUUUGAAGUGGAUUGAGUUUAAAGAUACUUUUGAAGGGUUAAUUCAUAAUAAUAAAGUAUUGGCAGAUAUUCAAAAAUAUCAUUAUUUACGUGCGAGUUUAAAAGAUGAUGCAUUGAAAAUUAUACAAAGUUUAGAUUUUUCUGCACAAAAUUACAAUUCUGCAUGGCAGACUCUAUGCAACAGAUUUGACAACUCUCGGAUGUUAGUAAACAAUCAUUUAAAAGCUCUUUUUGAGAUUGAAAAUUUAAAUAAAGAAUCUGCAUUAGGUCUUAGAAGCAUGAUAGAUUCAGUUAAAAAGCAUUUAUUCGCUUUAAAAUCACUUCAACUACCGACUGAACAUUGGGAUGCUAUUAUGGUUUAUUUGUCCAUUCUAUCAGAAGUUUGUCCAUAA